AUGUCUUCCGCUGAAGGUGGAGGCCCUUCGCCUCACAGGCUAGGAGAGGACGACCAUGGUGUUAGUGACGCCGAGUCGGCGAGUUCCUACAUUGGGACUGGUGCUCCAGAUACACCACGAGAUGAGUCGGGAGCCCUCGCCUCCAACACAAUGCACAUUGCCGAGCUGCGUGACGGAGCAUCAGGACAAGAUACGCGCCCACAGCAAGCAGAUGAACACCCUACGUUGUUGGGGGAGACGCCCGCGGCACCUCCCCAACCAGAAACAGGCUCCGAGAGGGUCGCUACUCCACCAGUGUCUGGAGUUACUCUGAGAGAAGCCUUAGGAUACAACAGUGCAGGCGAAUUUGCCAAUGCUAUUGCACAAGCAUCUUCUUCCCGGCGACGCCCUAGGCCUCGAGCAUCGCGGUUCCCCGCCCGCGACAAUGCUUACGCUUCGCCGCAAGGCCGCAUCCGUUCUGGAGCUCCACCAACAUAUUUCGCGCCGCCAUCAUUGCCGCCUGGACAUUCCCAUAUCUCUCCUCCCCCAUCUGGAUUUGGUGAUAUGUUCGCCUUCGCCGGCCUUCGCAGACAACCACCACCAUUUGGUGACGGCCCUGUCGCACCAUCUUCGUUCGUAAUGAACGGACGAUUGAUGGCAACAACGAACCGACCCUUGCCGCCACCGCCGCAGAUUGCUGAGGAAGAUGAGUGUCCAAUAUGUCACCGUGAGCUACCCCGACGAAUUCUUUCCAACAGUGAGCAGCUUCGUGAGGACCAUAUCAACAACUGCAUCACGAUCCACAGCGCCUCCAGCUCGGGCCCAUUUGCACAUGGUGGCACUGGCGGACAUUCACAGUUUUCCCAAUCUUAUGCCAUUAGGAGGACCGGUCUGUUUCCAUACCUUGCGACGGAGAAGGACUGCGUCGACUCUGAGGAAUGCACCAUCUGCCUCGAAGAAUUUGAGGUUGGGGUGCCUAUGGCCCGCUUGGAGUGCAUGUGCAGGUUCCAUCGAAGCUGCAUUGACAGGUGGUUUGUUAACCACCCAGGCCGGUGUCCUGUGCACCAGCACGACAGUCCCGGCUUUUAG